AUGGCUGAAUUUCCCCUUGGCUCAUUGGCAACUGAAGUCAAAGAAGCACUUGACCGAGCUGCGAACUACUCACACCAUCGCCAACAUGAGGAUGGUCAUUGGUGUGGUGAACUGAAGUCAAACGCCACCAUCACGGCAGAAUAUGUCAUGCUUCGCCAAGCAUUGGGCCUGGACAUGGAUUCAGAUCGCAAUGAAUUGAUCUCUUGGUUCCUGUCAGAACAAAACCAGGACGGAUCAUGGUCACUCGCUCCGGGACAUUCAGGUGAAAUCUCGACCUCAGUGGAGGCCUACUUUGCAUUGAAAAUUCUCGGCGUCCAGCCAGACACAGGGUUUAUGCAGAAAGCCCGAUCUUUCAUCGUCUCUAGCGGUGGAAUCGCCAAGGUGCGCAUCUUCACGCGUAUCUAUUUGGCGACGUUUGGUCUGUUCCCUUGGGGUGCAGUGCCAGAACUUCCAGCGGAGUUAAUAAUGAUGCCAGAUGCUGCGUUCAUCAGUAUAUAUCGGUUAGCGUCUUGGGCUCGCAGCACUAUUGUGCCCCUUCUCAUCAUUUCACAUCAUCGUCCUGUAUACCCUUUACCAAAUGGCAAGUCGGAGACAAAUGAUUUCUUGGAUGAGCUAUGGGAUAACCCAGCAAAGAAGAACGUGCCCUACUCUCCCUCAUUUUGGGAACUAGUGAAAUCUGACGCGGUCGCCUCCACGUUCGUUGUGAUUGAUGGCAUUCUUCACAUGCUCGGCGGCCUGCGUAGUUCUCCAACACGGUCCCGCGCCCGCGGACAAUGCAUCGAUUGGAUUUUACAACAUCAAGAGGCCGAAGGUGACUGGGCUGGGAUCUUCCCACCCAUGCAUACCGGCGUUAUUGCGUUAUGCCUUGAAGGAUACGCGCUUGAUGAUAUCCCAGUCAAGAGAGGACUUCAAGCAAUUGAAAGGUUUUCAUGGUCUGACAAACGCGGUAAAAGAGUACAGGCCUGUGUCUCUCCCGUGUGGGAUACAAUCCUGAGUACCAUUGGACUCUGCGAUGCCAAUAUGGUCUCUGACCACACCGCGCGCGCCAUGAAAUGGGUCAAAGACCGCCAGCUGUGCGGGCCAGAGGGUGAUUGGCGAGUUUACAAGCCGAACAUCACCGCAGGAGGAUUCAGCUUCGAGUACUUUAACCGGUGGUAUCCAGAUGUGGAUGACACUGCAGCUGCAAUUUUGGCCAUGAUUAAGCAAGAUCCCGAAUUGGCGGACUCUCGCGCUUCUAUUGUCAAGGCAGUGCAAUGGAUCAUCGGCAUGCAGAACAAUGAUGGUGGAUGGGGAGCGUUCGAUAUUCAUAAUGAUCGGUUGUUUUUGAACAAAAUUCCUUUCAGUGAUAUGGAGGCCUUAUGCGAUCCCUCUACGGCAGAUGUCACAGGACGAAUCCUUGAGGCAUUCGGCCUCCUUUUCCAACGUCCCCACAACUUGCCAUUCGAUCUUAUCAACGAUAUGAAACUCGCCUGCGACCACGCCAUCCAUUAUCUGCUCAUAACACAAGAACAAAACGGUUCCUGGUAUGGUAGAUGGGGAGCAAACUACAUCUACGGCACUAGCAACGUGGUUUGUGGAUUGGCCCUCUUUUCGGCUUGGGAGGCGGAGACAAGCCACGUGGGUAAUUCCCUAGAUCGUGCAAUCUCCUGGCUGAGAAAUGUCCAAAACCCAGAUGGUGGAUGGGGAGAGACGCUGUUGUCUUACAGAAAGCCCGAGUUGGGCGGUCAGGGGUCUUCUACUGCUUCACAAACAGGGUGGGCGCUGAUGGCGCUCCUCGCUCGCAGCUCGUCUCAUCAAAAGUCGAUUCAAAUAGGGGUAGGAUAUUUGUUGCGGACACAGACGCUAUCUGACCGUCCUGGUGAAGCUUCAUGGCCAGAAUCCCAAUAUACAGGGACAGGUUUCCCAAACCAUUUCUACCUCGGGUAUAGUCUAUAUUCUCAUUAUUUUCCUAUGAUGGCUUUGGGAAGAUAUGCGCGGCUAUCUUAG